AUGGCGGUUAUUCCUAGCCUUUCGGCGCUUUCGAGCAUGCAAGACUUCUCAGAUAUAGUUCUCACUUUACUGAAGCUGAGCUUGGCAUUGAUCCCACUUUAUGUCACCGGUCUCUUAGUCUAUAAUGUCUACUUUCACCCUCUGGCCAAGUAUCCAGGACCAAAAUCUAUGGCAGCCACACGUCUACCUUAUAUUCGAAUGAUUCUGAGUGGCCAGUUCCCACAAAAGACAAAAGGACUACAUCAACAGUACGGCGAUGUAGUUCGCAUUGCCCCCGAUGAGCUUUCUUUCACAGAUGGCGCGGCCUGGAAGGCAAUAUAUGGUACACGGGUCGGCCAUGGCCAGAAGUCCAAAGAUUAUCGAUUCUACGCACCAAGCGCUGGAGAAGCUCCCGGCAUCAUCGUCUCCAAUGACGCCGACCAUUCUCGCUUUCGACGUUUGCUGUCACACGCAUUCUCCGACAGCUCACUGCGCGGUCAGGAACCUAUAAUCAAGGGCUAUAUUGAUCUUUUGAUGCAACGUCUACAUGAGAAUAUCGAGGGUGGAACAAAGGCUGUUGACAUGGUGGCCUGGUACAACUUCACGACCUUUGAUAUUAUUGGAGACCUGGCUUUCGGGGAGCCAUUUGACUGUCUCAAAAAUUCAAACUACCACCAGUGGGUAUCCAUCAUCUUCAGCUCGCUCAAGUAUGCCGCCUAUACAAAUGUGUCUCGGCGCCUUCCAGGAUCAAAAUACAUCCUCCCAUACAUCGUUCCCAAGCAUGUUGCCUCGCAGAGGAGUACACAUCUAGCCUUGACCAGGGAAAAGGUCCAGGGUCGGAUAAGCAAGUCAAAUGAAAGACCCGAUUUCUUCGCCAACAUCUUGAAGCAUCAAAACACCGAGAAAGGAUUCAGCGUCCCAGAAAUGAUCAGCAACGGCAGUACCUUGAUCAUCGCCGGCUCAGAGACUACUGCGACAUUACUUUCUGGAGUGACGUAUCUGCUGCUGAGAAACCCACGCGUGCUGGCAAAGCUCCAAGACGAGAUCAGAUUAGCAUUUACUACAGAGAAAGAGAUCAGCUUUGAUUCAUGUAAUAAACUGGAGUAUUGUCUGGCCGUCCUCACUGAGACUCUUCGAGUGUAUCCUCCCGUCGCAGUUGGAUUACCUCGCGUUGUUGAUGCCCAAGGUGAUAUGAUUGCUGGAAACUGGGUUCCAGGGGGAACAGUUGUUUCUGUCUCCCAUCUAGCUACCAGUCACUCCCCUACUAACUUUGCCGAUCCUGAUCAGUUCAUCCCAGAGCGUCAUUUGGAUGACCCUCGCUUUGCAAAUGACAGUAAGACUGCAAUGCAGCCAUUUAGCUUUGGGCCCAGGAACUGCAUUGGGCGCAAUCUAGCAUACGUUGAAAUGCGUAUAAUCCUUGCUCGCAUGAUCUUCAAUUUCGAUAUGGAAUUGGACCAGCCCGAACAAAACUGGAUGGAUCAAGAAUGCUUUGUGCUAUGGGACAAGCCAAAGUUGAUGAUUAAAUUAAAGCCGAGAGUUCAUUCCCAACGAUAG